AUGCCUUGGUUGCGGAAACCCAGGGAGUUUCAACCUCUCUGGAAGGAGUGGGACAGGAAUGCCCAGAAGUGUGGCUUGAGACACACAGUCUAUUAUAUCAGCGGAGAUCAGUAUACUGGCGAGUGGCAAGACAACAAGAAGGAUGGAAGAGGAGUUGAAAUUUUGAAGAACCCUGCAUCCAGGUAUAAAGGAUUUUGGAAAGAGGGAAAACGAGGCAACUAUGGGAUACUGAGUAUUCCUGAUCCUGAGACUGGAAAAUAUAAAGAGGUGUAUUCUGGAGGAUGGGUAAAUGGCCUGAAAGAAGGGAUCGGAAAGUACAACUAUUCAGAAAAUGAGUUUUAUGAAGGAGAAUGGAGCAGGGACCAGAGAAGUGGAUGGGGUAGAAUGUAUUUCCGAGAUGGCAGCAUUUAUGAAGGAGAAUGGCUGAAGGAUAAACAAGAUGGUCAAGGAAUGCAUCUAUUAAAAAAUGAAAACUACUACGAAGGUUAUUGGAAAGGAGGCAAAAAGCAUGGCCCUGGCAAGUUUUUCUACUUUGACAAAGGCCAGGUGUAUGAAGGAAUAUGGGUGGAGGACAUCCCCAAGUGUGGAACCAUCAGAGACUUUCAACGACAUGUGGCCACUGAUCCACCACAGUACCCUGUACCACAGGUGUAUCUGGCAGAUACUUGUGCUGUUUUAAAGGAGGCACAAUCAAGAUUAUUCCCAGAUCAGGCUAAAUGCAGCUGAAGGAAACCCUUAAUCUCUGUUCUCUUUUUUGAGCCUAGACGGCUGUUGUUAGACCUGUCACAUGCUUCACUUUCUUUUUCCCGUCUCUCACGGUUCUUCUUCAAGCCAGACAUUGGGUAUGUUCGGGAUUUUUCUUGUUUUUUGAGUUUCAAGAAAAUCUCUUUCCUUUCAGGAGUAUGUCUCCCUAGGGGCAUAUUUAAUUUUCAUAGUCUGUCUUCUGUGGAUUAUUUAAUAAAGUGGUAUAUCUUUUGGCUCAUU